AUAAAACAGCCACAGGAUGAUACCAAUUUUGAAUAAGCUGAGCGGCUUCUACAGCAGCUAUGUCCUAGGCAUACUCACUAUCGGCUACAUCCUAGGCGAGCUGGGUCACUAUCUGAUCGGCGUCACGUCCAAGCAGACGGCUAUUGAGCUGGACUAUGGAGAUCAUGCCUGCCAGCAGAAUAACAGUAUGUUCACCAGGCACGAACUGAUGACCCAGUGCUCGGAUGUUAAGAACGAGAGCAGUUGCUAUUCGCUGGAUAUGAACGGAACGGGCUACUGCGAGUGGAACUACAAUGGACUGGGCAUCGAUUAUCAGAUUCUGGCCGGGCCCACCUUCAUAUUGGUCUUCACCAUUGCCGGCGUGUUCAUGGGCUUUGCGGCUGAUAAAUACAAUCGAGUAAAAAUGCUGACAGUUUGCACUGUGAUCUUUGGCGUUGCGAUUCUGCUGCAGGGCACCGUCAAGGAGUAUUGGCACUUGGUGCUGCUUCGCAUGGUAAUGGCGGCGGGUGAGUCCGGGUGUAAUCCUCUGGCCACAGGCAUCAUGUCCGACAUCUUUCCGGAGAACAAACGUGCCUUGGUCAUGGCCAUCUUCAAUUGGGGCAUCUAUGGCGGCUACGGCAUUGCCUUCCCCGUCGGUCGCUACAUCACCAAGCUGAACUUCUUCGAUAUGGGCUGGCGUAUGUGCUACUUGGGUGCCGGAGUGCUAACGAUUAUUGUCGCCGGACUCACGGGCACUACCCUGCGGGAACCGGAACGCAAAUCGAUUGGCGAGGGCGAUCGAACCACAGCGAGCGGCAAACCCGUUUCCCUCUGGCAGGUCAUCAAGAGUCCCGCCAUGAUUAUGCUGAUGAUAGCCGCCUCCAUACGUCACAGUGGUGGCAUGACCUUUGCCUACAAUGCCGAUCUGUACUACAACACCUACUUCCCCGACGUGGAUCUCGGCUGGUGGCUCUUCGCUGUCACCAUUGGCAUUGGCAGCGUGGGCGUUGUCGUCGGUGGCGUCGUCUCCGAUAAGAUAGUCGCCAAAAUGGGCAUACGUUCGCGAGCCUUUGUCCUGGCCAUCAGCCAGUUGAUAGCCACGCUGCCCGCCUUCGGCUCGGUCUACUUCGAGCCUCUGUGGGCGAUGAUUACACUCGGCCUGAGCUACUUCUUUGCCGAAAUGUGGUUCGGCAUCGUGUUCGCAAUUGUCGUUGAGAUUGUCCCGUUGCGCGUGCGCUCCUCAACAAUCGGCGUCUUCCUCUUCGUCAUGAACAACAUUGGCGGCAAUUUGCCCAUUCUGGUGGAUCCAGUGGCCAAGGUCAUCGGAUACCGCGGCUCCAUCAUGAUCUUCUAUGCGGGCUUCUAUGGCAUCAGCUCUAUACUUUUCCUGAUCACCUGUUUCCUGCUGGAUGGCAAAGCGAAGCCCAGUUCCAACGAGCAGGAAUCACAGAAGACGCACCCGGAUACCAUCCUGAACGCACGUCAUAUGCACGGCCAUGACAACUCCGUGUUCAGCGUGGAUGAGACCCUGCCCUCGAAUGGCCGCCCUGCCCAGCUGCCGCAGCAUCUGCAAUUGUCCAAUGGCAAUGGCUACGAGAAGUCACAAUCGAUUCAGCCAAGUCACAAUGGCGCCGAGAGCAGCAGACUGUAGUAUUAUGGAGAUCUUACCUCCGCCUCCGCCUCCGACGUAACAUCAGAUCGCGAAAAAGAGAUAAAUCUAUUU